AUGGCCGCAUUAUUCUCGGGCGCCGUCUAUGGCGCCUCUACGAUAGCCGCUGGCGUCUAUUUGCCCUCAACAAUCAUCAAUCAGUUCAAGUUCCAGGAUUGGCAUAUGAUGCAAACCUCUCUCGGUGCGGUUGCAAGCAGCGCAUACGGCUACGUUAAGAUUAAGCCUAGAAGCUCAUCACCGAUUGGACUCUUUGGACAGUAUGACGGUAAUGUCAUAGGCGGAUUCCUCCUUGGAGCUGGCAUGGCUCUUUCAGGAUCUUGUCCAGGUACUCUGUUCGCACAAGUCGGAGCUGGUCUGAGGACUGGUUUUUAUACUCUCGGAGGUGCUAUUCUUGGAGGUCUCGCCUAUACAGGUUAUGUCGCGCAAGCAGCCAAGACUCAGAGGGAGAAGGUGGGUGCACAGCCCGAGACAGUAACGCUUGAUGAGAACCUUGGGCUUUCCAACGAUACAACUGUUGCUCUCUUCGAAUCUGUUUGUCUAUCUCUCAUUGGCGCUUCUGUUGCCUACACUACUGGCUCCGAUUGGUCACUUUACUCAGCUGGUGGUGGUCUCUUCAUCGGUCUCUCGCAACUCUUCUCAAUUCUUGUCCGUCGCUCUAUGAUCGGCAUAUCAGGCUCGUACGAAGAAGUGGGAAACCAUUUCUGGUGGCUCACAAGAGAUGCCCCUUGGCCAACAAGUCGACAGAACACCCUAUUCGCUGUGGGCAUGACAAGUGGUGCCUGGGUUCUUGCAAAGGUGCUCCCUUCAUUCGUCAAGGGCCAUGUCGUCGAGACAGAGCCAUUGCUUGCUGGAGUUGGUGGAUUUUUGAUGAUUGUAGGAUCAAGGUUAGCAGGGGGAUGCCCCUCUGGACAUGGCGUUAGUGGUUUAUCGUUGAUGUCGACAUCAAGUCUUGUCACCAUGAGCACUGCGUUUGUUGCUGGAAGCUUGGUUGCUCCAUUGUUUCACUAG